AUGAAGCUGUGGAGACGAUUGGUUGCGGAAUGCUAUGGUACCGCUGCUUUGGCAUUUGUUAUUUUUGUUAGCGAAGGAAAUGCUUGGGCUGUGGGUAUUGGCUUCUGGGUCAUUAUAGUUGGGUGCGGAUUUAUUGGUGGAGCUCACUUUAAUCCAACAGUAACUCUCGGAGCUAUUGCAAGAGACCUCUAUUUCAGACAUCUCCAGAUCCAUAAAUCAAAAGAAAAGUCUUUGGUUUACUUUACUGAUGCUAUUAAAGAAGACCUUCUUUACUUAGUUGCUCAAGUUGUUGGAGCAUUCUUGGGUAGUUUAUUCGGCCAGUGCAUUUAUGACAGCACAUGGAGCAUUGCAGUGUCUCCAGCAAGCACUGAAGUUCAAGCACUCUUCGCAGAACUGAUCUUCACCGGUCACCUUGUCCUUGUUGUCCUUGUUUCAGCUGAGUUGAUGGAUUCAGUCAUUGCUUCAGGUAUGGCAAUUGCAUUUACAGUACUUGCAGGCAUUGCGACAGUCGGAGACAUCUCAGGAGGCUGCUUUAACCCAACUGUUUGCAUUGCAAUUGACGCUGUCAAGGCUAUUUUUGCUGACGACGUCUCCAAAUUAGAUAGUUGGUGGGUCUAUAUUGCUGGUCCAUUCCUUGGCUGCGCUUUGGGACGUGUAUUCACACGACGACUAUAUUUUUGGUCUAUUAUUUCUUUUUUGCCUAUUUUAUCAUAAUUAUUUUUAAUUUUUUGGUUCAUUUGCUUUGGAAUAUUUCCAUAUUAACUUUUUCUAGGUGAUUUUUAAUAUUUUUUUGACAGAUGGUAUAUUAUAAAAGUUUUAAAAUUAAAAAAUAAACUAAAAAAAUAGGCCAAAAAAAGGCAAAAAAAUUAUCCCAAAAAAAUAGUCGUAAUUGAAAUAGGCAUCCUGAGUGAAACCCUUUGGGAACUGUGAUCGCAUGCACUUUCUUAACUCUCCCUGAAUCAGAGAACAAGAAAUAGUUGAUUUUUUUUAAAGUUUAAUAAUUUUUUUCGGAUUUCAAAAUAUAAAUUUAUGAUAUUUGAACUGAAAAAUCUGAUUUAAUUUAUAAAAUUUAUGUUUAAAAUGCAAGCUUAUGAUAGGAAUUGUAAAAUAAUAAUGAUAAUCAUUUAUAUAUCAAAAUAGCUUAAACCAAAAAUAUUUAUAUUAAUAAUUUUUAAUCAAUUGGUAAAAGGGGAUUUAUCGGAUAAUUUUGUCGGCUAGCUAAGGGGAGUAAGAGAAAAGAUCCAAAUCAACAAGAAGAAAAAGAUGAAGUGGCAUCCUAAAGAAUUCGCAAUGGGGCUUCUUAAAGACCACAUUAAGAGCGACAACUAA